AUGGCAACAUUUUUGGAUCCACAUUCCAAAGCUGAUCUUUUAUCAACAGCUUCCUUAGAAGACAUUAAGGAUUGCAUAAAAAUGACAAUGGAAGGAGGUACUGAUGAACAAUCUACUGGAACAGGUUCGGAGAUAGGAGGUGAAGCCGGUAUGAAUGAAGAAACGAGAGAAGAUAUUGCGCCAACAAACGAUGAAGAUAUAGAUAUGGAAGAUUGUUUUACCGAACUUAUGUCGAAAGCAACAAAAAAUGCAAAAGUCGUUGUAACGAAGGAAAUUAUUGAAGAAGAAAUUGACCUCUACAUUAGGCAACCACUUAUCCAAAAAAAGUCAUCUCCAGUUGAAUGGUGGAAUAAAGUGAAGUUCAUGUUUCCAAAUAUCAGUGAACUUGUACCUCUUUAUCUUUCGGCGCCAUCAAGCAGUGUCUACAGCGAAAGACUUUUUUCUGAAUCUGGUAAUAUUUCUGAUAACAAACGUAAAAAUCUGCUUCCGGAAAAUUUGGAGCUGCUCACUUUCCUGUAUCACAAUUUGCCUUUGAUAAACUACCAUUACUAG